UAAAGAAUACUUCAUUCUCCUCUCCAACCAAUGUGGGAUCUCAUGUAUGUAUGAUAAACGUAAAGAUUCCUUAGACAUUCCCUAUGAACAAAAUUUAAUUUUGAAGUCAAAAAAGAAAAGGAAGAACAGUGAGGUGUAUUCUUCUUUAGUUCUCCAAACAUGGCCCAAUUUUCCUCUUUACUUGAUGUGAUUAUUCACAUAAACACCGUCCUUUAAAGUGCUGUUCAUCCCACACUUUUCUUUUCUCUUUCUUCUGAAUUCAAAUAAUCCUCCCAAUACCCAAACAAGUUAUGAACGAAAAUCAAUCAUUUUAGAUUGAUUAGACAGCCACCCUUGAUAUGAAAACCAUUACACAAUCAAAAGUGUUCGAACCAUUUCACAGAAUUUUGUAUUCAUUUCUUGAUUGAUUUGCAAUAGCUGAAAUAAAUGCAUGAAGAAAGGAUAUCCAUAUGAAUAUUGGUUGCUGAGUUGAUGAGUAUAAAUUUAAUAUGGUGUCCCAGCAUUGGAAUGUUCCACCAUCAGCUCACUAAAUUUUGUCGUCAGAUUUUCAAGUUUCCUCUAACUGAAUUGACCACUGAUAAGGCUCAAUAAUUAUGAGCUUUAGGAAUAAACCCACAACGAAAGGGACACCCUCUUUUGAUGAAUGAUAUGCAUACCAGCAACAGUUAAUCAUAAAAAAUCAAACUUUUUUCACACUCAUUUGUUCUUUUUUUUUUUUUUACUUUCAAGCAUGAACAGAUCAUAUUAAUUACAGAAAGAAGUAAAACCUGAGAGACCCAUUUGGGGAAGGUAAAAAAGGAAUGGAAUGGUUAAGUGGGUACCCCAUAUUCAAGCCAAAGCUUCGGGUUUGUGGCUUUUGCAACUGGUUUUGGUGGACCAUAAUGGGAAGAAGAAGGAGAUUGAGAUAGAUGCGAACUCGCCUUCACUUCACUGGACCACUGAUGUUGAAAUUUUUCUUAAAUUUCUAAGACUUGGCCAUUUUCUCCAAGUUUGUAUGCUCUUUCUGUUCUUCUUUUGGUUUGUUCUGCUAAUUUGAGGGACAAAUGAGUAGAAAACAAGGGAACUUGAUUGGAUUUCAUGUCAUUAUAUUGAACUUUCUGCCAUUUGGGGAAGGAAAAUCCCAGCUGGGGCUCUCUUUUUCUCAGUUUUCUGACCAUAAUUCAUUAAAUUAGAGAAAGAAAACAGAGGAGGAGGCAAUGAGGGAUGAGAAUUCAAAGAAAAGCAAGCUCUCAUGGUCCAAGAAAAUGGUGACAAAAUGGUUUAAUAUCAAAACUAGAACUGGGAGGGAGGAUUAUCUGGAAGAUCAUGGUGUUCAUGAAGAGAAAUCUAGUGAGAGAAUAGAGUAUAGCCAGCAUGAAUGUAUGAAUAUCGACGAUCCUCGUAUCGUAGACGUACAGAACUAUAGCAUUUUUGUUGCUACAUGGAAUGUUGGUGGCAGAUCCCCUCCUAGUAAUCUAAGUUUGGAAGACUGGCUUCAUACUUCAGCCCCUGCAGACAUUUAUGUACUUGGAUUUCAAGAGAUAGUACCAUUGAAUGCUGGUAACGUGUUGGGCGGGGAGGACAGCGGUCCGGCCAGAAAAUGGCUAACGCUCAUUCAGAAAACGCUAAACGAUCUUCCCGGAACAAGUGGAGAUGAAGGGUGUUCCUACAUGCCAUCUCCCAUCCCUGAGCCAGUCAUAGAAGUUAAUGAUGAUUUUGACGAAUCAUUGAGGCUGAAGAACUCGUCUUACUUUCUUCGUCGAUCGUUUCAUACAACUAAUAGUGGUGGAUCAUCGAACCAACUUGAUAGAAGAUUUAGCAUCUCGAAUCAUGUGAUCUUCGACCACCGGUCUAGUGACUACGAGUCGAGUUUCAGAUGGGGACACAGGUUAAGUAACUAUACCAGGAAAAGUGAUUAUUGUAGGCAAAGCAAUGAAUCAAGGCCAAGUGACUACUCGAAAUGGGGAUCGUCCGAAGAUGAUGGAUGCCAUGGGGAUUUGACUAGUGAAGCGUUAUUCUCACCACCGUUAUAUAAUGGAUCCACAUCCAAGGAAGACGAGCACGGGACGUCGGGACGUUCACGGUAUUGCUUGGUUGCUAAUAAACAAAUGGUUGGCGUUUUUCUCACGAUAUGGGUCAGGAGUGAGUUGAAGGAUAGCAUACGGAACACGAAAGUAUCCUGUGUUGGUAGAGGAUUGAUGGGUUACCUAGGAAAUAAGGGAUCAAUUUCAGUGAGUUUGUCUUUGCAUCAAACAAGCUUUUGCUUCAUCUGUAGUCACUUAACCUCAGGACAGAAACAGGGCGAUGAGUUAAGAAGGAAUUCUGAUGUGAUCGAGAUACUGAAGAAGACUCGGUUUCGGUCUGAUCGAGCCUUUCCUCAUCAGAAAUCACCCCAAACGAUCCUCGAGCAUGAUCGAGUUAUCUGGUUUGGGGAUUUGAAUUACCGAAUCGCUCUCUCUCACCGCUCGGCCAAGGCACUUGUUGAGAUGCAAAAUUGGAGAGUAUUGCUUGAGAAUGAUCAGUUACGUAAUGAGCAGAUUUACGGUCGAGUCUUCGUUGGAUGGAACGAAGGCAAUAUAUAUUUUCCACCCACUUACAAAUACUCGAAUAAUUCAGACCAGUACUCCGGGGACGGUAUGUACUGGAAGGAGAAACGUAGGACUCCUGCUUGGUGUGAUCGGAUUUUGUGGUAUGGGGAAGGUCUCCAUCAGUUGUCGUAUGUUCGGGGUGAGUCCCGGUUUUCGGAUCAUAGACCUGUUUAUGGCUUGUUUUGUGCUGAGGUAGAGUCAAACCGUGGCGAAUCAAAGAAAAACAUGGGUGGUAGUUCUAAGGUUGAUGUGGAGGAGCUCCUACCAUACUCUCGUGGAUAUACUGAGCUGAACUUCUACUGAAAGAGUGUCGUGAAACAGUAAUGCACUGCAGCCAUGAUGCUCUUCGAACGGUUCUCAGAAAGCUUUCAUGUCCAGAAAGCGGGACGGUCGGUGAUUGGUUUCCAACAGAUCAAGACCUCAAAUAAUCAGAACUCCAUGUGUUUUCUGUCCCAAAUGAAGAACACCCAACAUAUUUUACAGAGUUCCAACUUCUUUGCAGGUGAUUCAUUGGUAGAUUAUGAUGAUCAUGAUUUUAUUUUGGGCUAAAACUCCAGCCGGAGAUAGUUCAGGCAUUCUGAAACAUAUGAAACAAGGUUUGAAGAAUGAUCUUGAAAUUUUGGAAUCUUUGGUACAGAAGAAACCGAGCCCGAGCAUAAACAUAUCU